AUGCUUAUUUGCACAACUUUAAGAUUACAGCAUACCUUAUCUGACCUAUGUUCUAUCUCCACAGACUUUACAGAAUUCGAAAAAAUAAGAUCUAUAGAAUAUCGUCUAUUUGAUUAUCGAAUCAUUAAUCUUUCAGAACGAAAUGUUACAAAUCCCGUUAAUAAGUUGUCAAAAUCCGAAAAGCGCAUCUUAAAAGAUAUUUGGAACUCGGUAUUGUAUUGUUUGCUUCCUCUUAUACAAAAGUACCAAACCCACUUGGAAAAUAAAUCUGUUUUUGAUGUGAUUUCCUUGGAUGGUACUAUCGAAAAUGUUCUUGAGAAACCGUAUAUUGGAACUUUUAUUCACAAAGAACAUUAUGAUCUCUUAUGGAUACAGGAUAUUUAUAAACGAUUUCUAUUUCUUUUCAAUGCACACACUAACUUACUACAGGAUCCAGAUCAAAACGAACUUUCUUACCGAGAAAAUUUUGCGAAUCCUAUAAUUGUCAAAGCUUUCGACGACAUUAUUGAUUUAGUCAAAGUAAAAACUAGAACAAAUCGAACAAAGCUCAAAGAAACGAAACUCGACAAUAUUGGCAACGGGUGUUCCCAGGACGGGAUAUACUCAAUAAAUGUAAAUGCUGUUAUUUUGGAAGUAGGAUUCUUAGAAGUUAUCGGCAACGCUCUUUAUACUGAUGUCAAAAAAUUAAAUGAAGACACUGAAAAAGUGUUUAAGUGUAUGCAAAUUUCCAUUUAUUACCAACGUCAACACUAUUUAUCAUGUGGAGCAACAGAACAACAAGUAUCUUCUAUAGAGUCAUACGGAAUUAUUGUCUAUCAACGAAUGUUUACAUUUUAUGUAAUGCACCAAACAAAUGGAGGUUUACGCGUUGUUGAUAUUAUAAAAGAAUUUAGUAUACCAAGUACUAAGGAUCAAUUGUAUAUCUUGAGAGAAGUCAUCGAAAUCGAAAAUGUUUAUUUAUUUAAGAACAUUUUAAAAAGAUCAGAGAAAAGCGAGAGUAGUGAUGCUCAUGACCCAAUUGAAAACCGAAAUAUUAGUGACAAUGGUUUACAUAAAAAAAAUAAACCUGAAAAGAAUAAAGUGUUAUAUGAGGAACCCGAACCAUCACCACAUUCAUCAUCAAGAGAAUUUACAAAUAUUAAUUCAAUAUCAUCAGUAAGAAAUUUUGCUACUACUUUGAUAGCACCUUCUAUCAGUUCGGAUUCAUUAAAAUGGCAUGAUUUUUUGAGAAGUAAAAGUGAUGAUGUCAAUGAUGAUAACUUGACAAAAAUAGAGAACAAUAGCAUUUCUCAUAAAUCAACCACAUCUGAUAUUAUUCAACAACAGGAUGAUAAUUCAGGAACUUUAUUAUACAAACACAAUAGCCACGUUGACAGUGAUUCAGAUCCCAUUUUGAACAAUAAAAAGAUCAAAUCCACAAAAAUAAAAAAAGACAAAUUGAAAUUAAUUGGGAAAAAUAACAAAAGAAAAUCAAAAGCAUUAUAUAAUUGUUUAUACUCUAUAAAUGUCACAGAAUUAAAUUCUAUUUCAAAUAAUGAUUCAAAUAAUCUGCCAAUAAACCAAGCAACUAAAAUAUCAACUCGAGAUAUAAUCACUAAUUCUUGUCAUGAAAAAGAUUAUACUAGCACAUUAUCAAUACCAUUGCCAACAAUAACUACUACAUUGCUGCUACCACCAUUAGAAUUAUUAGCAAAGAAUGCAAACCUUUCUCCAAUCAAGACCAAUUCAAUUGAUGAUGGUUACUGCAAUUAUAGUGAUGGUGACAAUGAAAUCGAAUUUGUAGAUUCACCAACUUUGAAAUACUCACGUGUCAAAAAUUCUAAAAAUAUUUAUUAA